AUGUCGCGCCGUUCGCCCUCGCCUCGCCGCCGCCGCUCGCCGAGUCCUCCGCGGCAAGGCAGCCGAAUUUUCGUUGCCAACCUCCCUCUGGAUGUGACUGAGAACGAGUUAGAAGAUCUCUUCUACAAGUUCGGGAGAAUCGAGGACAUCGAGCUCCGUCGCGACCGCACGAAUGACUCGACCAUCGCCUUCGUCCAGUUCGCCGACUAUAAAGCCGCCGACGAAGCGAUUGAGGGCCGAGACGGCACGCGUCUCGGAUUCCACCGUAUUCGCAUUGAGAGGUCGAGACAGCGUCUCCGUCGACCAGGCGAAUUCGGCAGGAGCGACCGCAGCGGCUACGGCCGAGAAGGCGGCGGGAGUGGACCUGCCUACGGGCCUCCACGCAGGUCGGAGUUCCGCGUGCGCGUCUACGGCCUGCCUCCCACGGCGAGCUGGCAAGACUUGAAAGACCACAUGCGUCGCGCUGGAGAUGUCGGAUACGCGAACAUCGACGGAGGCGUGGGCGUUGUGGAAUAUUCGAAUGGAUCAGACAUGGACUAUGCCCUCCGCAAGCUCCACGGCAGCGUCUUUAGAAACAUAUUCCACACGGCGAAAAUCCGAGUGGAGAGAGACUCUGCAGGGGACUAUUCGUCUCCGGAGCGCCGCGGCGAGGACGCGGAGCGCGAGCGUCGGAGACGCCGAGGCGAAGGCCACGAAGAUGACGAGGGACACGGUCGGCGGUCUCGGAGCAAGAGUCCGGGCGCGCGCCGACGCCGCAAGAGUGGCGAAGGCAGCGAUCGCGAGCGUGAAGAGAAGCGAAGACGCGACGACGCAGGCUGCUCCGACGAAGAGCGAGCGAGGUCGCCGGACGGAGACCGAAUUCCUCGCGAGGAGAGGGCGAAGGACCGGGAAGGCGAAGACGGGAGGAGACAGAGGAGCGUCAGCAGAAGCUGCAGCCGAGACUCGAGGCGCGCAUCUUUGCCUCGCGACGCGUAUGGGAAGGAAGAUGAGGAGGAACAUGAGGAGAGAAAAGGUGAUGGGAGGCGAGACGGUCGCGGAAGGUCGUCUUCCCGCUCGCCUUCCGAGGCCCGCAGCCGGGGCCAGAAACGCGAACGCGAAGACGAGAGAGAGGACGAUCGGCGCAGAGGCCGAGGCGAAGACGAAGAGGAGACGCACCGAAACGGACGAGACAGAGAGGAAAGAUUCGAAGAGCGCGAGGCGCGCCGAGACCGAGACGGCGACGACCGGGAGGACAAGGACGGACGCCGCCGGAGCUUCGAAGACCGAGAAAGCACGCGGCGCGGAAGGAGAGAAGACGACGCGAGAUACUCAGUCGACCGCGGAGACAGAGACCGGGACGAAGCGUGA